GAGCGUGGGAGGUGAGGCGCCGCCGGGUCCUGGCUUCAGUCGGCUGAAAACGGACGCUCCAUUGGGUUUUUAUACCGACUUCACGGCUUCCUGACAACGCUCCCUUUACGUCCGAUUAUAUGCCGCUCGUCCGCGGGCAGCGUCUUUAUUACCGGUUAAAAUGUUUACUAGAGGAAUCAAGAGAAAAAGUUGUGACCCCGAGGAAGAUAAUGAUGGACCUCUUGCUGACUUGAAAACUGUUCCUUCAUACACGCUUGAAAGACAGUCAUUACUAGACAUGUCAUUGGUUAAGCUUCAGCUGUGUCACAUGCUUAUUGAACCCAACCUUUGUCGGUCGGUACUUAUUGCUAACACAGUACGGCAGAUUCAAGAAGAGAUGACUCAAGAUGGUAGCUGGCACAUAUUUGAUCAAAGAAGAACUGAUCAGUUUCCAUUAGAUCAUCUGGUUUCCACAGACAUCCUUUGUCGUUCGACCAAAGAACUGGAUGAAGGGAAAAUUAAUGAUGAAUACAUUGCUUACAGUGAAGAACUGGAAGUACACCAGACCCAGGAAAUUUCUGAACUGCCAGCAGUUAGUUCACUAAAACCAUUACAAAAUUCCCCAAGUAACCUCUGGGAAACCGAAAGCCCACAGGAAAAUAAGGUGCAUUUUCAAAAAUCUCUAGACCAUAUUUUUGAGACAUUGGAAAACAGAAAUGCUACCUGUGUGGAAGAUUUAUUUUCCGAAGUUGAUACCUCAUACUAUGACCUUGAUACAGUACUGACGGGCAUGAUGGGAAAUUCAAAACUAGGCCAUUGUGACAUGCUUGAAAGCUUUUCACCUCCAUCAACAAUAUCCUCAAGCUGCAAGACUGAGCACAAUGAGAUUGAUCAUAUUGUUGAGAUUCUGGUAGAAUCCUGAAAUUAUCAUAUAUUAAAUAUACAUUCUUUAGCAACACAGGAUUACUAGUAUUAAUGUCAUAAUAUAUUGCGGUUGAAUCCAUAUUAUGCCAGCAAUACACUAUAUCAGCAUUUAAUGUAUCUCUAUUGCUUUAGCAGGCACCUUCUUCAGUUUCAAACAGCAAUUGUGAAUGCUUACAUGCGAAUAUGUUUGUAUCCUUUAACAUACUAUAUGCCACAUUUAUCGGUUCUAUAGGGAUCGAACACUGCCUUGAAGUGUGGCAUUAAACGGUUAAAUUGCCCGUAUUGCAAAAAGACACCAUGAAAAGCUGAAGGUCCCACGCAUUCCAGAUAACUGAUCCUUCUGUCCCUUGUGCUUCCUAUUUAUGUUCAUAUAGGGAAUAAUGUACCCCCUGCUUUAAAAUACAAGGAUAUUAGAAGUCACAGAGGAGUUCCAUGACCACAUAAAGGUAUGCGGCCAAUGGGCGAGUCUUGGAAUUUGCCAUUGUUUUAGGCAAAGAGGCCACUUCUAAUAUUGUCAUAGUUUACAACAGGGAGUACGAUUUUUUUUUUUUUGACCCAAUUAUAGUGGGUCAUGUGACACAAAUCACAUUGUUAAGCACUGAUAUAUGACUUGUGACAUUACUAUGCACCAUUUAUAAGGACAUAAUGUACAGGAAAUUCAUGAUCCUUGUGUAUUAUAAAUUAUUUCCUCAUCCUCUUAUGCAACCUUCAAAGUGAGACUUUUAUAAAAACUUGUUUAUUUUUAGAUCUUCAUUUUUAAGGUCAGCUAUCAUGAUGGUAUACUUAUGUUAUAUGGUAUACUUUUUCUAAACUGUAUCCAUUAAAAAAUAAUGCACCAUAUAAUUACGGUUUUAUAUGGUGCAUGUUUUUUCUAUCGAACUGUUUGCUGGGAAAGAAUAGCUGGUGUUUGAGAGCCUUUACAGAUAUACUUUGGUGGGACAGAAAAGGAAAUGUAUGAGAAUAGACUAAUUUCUGUGCUGUAUAGUUUAAGCCUCAUGUGUUUUGGCAUAAGUCAUUCAACCGAAGACUGUUCUUUACCCCUCUGUCCAACUGUUCUGUGCUACUUUACAAUGCCAUUGUAGGACACAGUAAUGAUUAUUUCAAAGCAAUAGUUCAUGCAGCACAAACUAUUUGGAUCAGAGGGUUAAAGAAAAAGCCUAUUUUGCUGUCCCAGUGACGUUGUACUUAUGCAAAUAAUUAAUAAACGAUAGAAAAUAAAUAAUGAAGACCAGAUGAAAAGUUGCUUACAAUUGGCUAUUUUAUGACAUACUAAUAGUUAACAUAAAGGCAACCAACCUUUUAAGCAUACUGCAGAAUUUAUUUUGUUCUUCAUUUCAUGAAUAGUUCCCAUAAGUCUUUCUUUAAUGAAAGCAUUGUCUGAAGCAUGUAAGCAAUAAUUUACUAUGACUUACAUUAAGUGGCUUUCAGCAGAGUGAUUCUGCUUAAACUAGAUAACUCACGAUGAAGGUAGAUUAAACCAGGUUGGUUACAUAUGUAUGCAUAGAUAUAAAUGAUUCACUAUUGACAUCUUCUAAAAAAAAUGGUCUUUAAACUAAGAACCUGCUCUAUAUAACCGCAUGUUGAAGGAAUAUUUAACCCUUUCCAUACUUGUUCCCUUUUAUCAUGCUGCACCACAAGGCAGACAGAACCUUAUAAUAUACAGUAUUAGCACCAUGGUACUUGUAUGCCUUUUGCUGUUGGUACUACAGUAGGUGGAGAGAAGACUAUUUGGCAUCCUUGUUUUACAUAAGUCUGAUGUUUAUCCUUUCAUAUGCAGCAACUGUAUUUUUCCUGAACCCCUUUUAUGGCUUUUUCUUAUAAUAUACCCGUUUUCCAACUGUCUUGUUCCAACUGGUAUUUACUAGUGAUGGGCAAAGCUGACCUGUUUCGCUUUGCCAAAAAUUUGCUGAAAUGCAUUGAAGUGUAUGGGCAGCAAAAAGUUUUCGACACGCAAAAAUUCUAUGGGUGUCCUUUUCACAGCAAUAACUUGCCGAAAAAUUUCGUUCAUCACUAGUAUUUACCAACAAAUGUCAAAUCUUUGUGUAUGUUGCUGGUUAUGGUUGUCAUCCUAAUCACGUCUCCAAGAAUCCAAUGUCAUGAAAGGGCAUAGGGCUACUGUUAGUUGUAAACCAGCUACACACUAUUAAUUUGCAAUCAAAUUGUUAAAUACAAUUACUUUGCCAUCUAAUUGUUCAUCAUAAUUGCAGUAGGUAUUAAUGGUGUAAGGGACCACAUUGCCCAUAAUCUAAUUCUUGAGUUUAUUAAAGUAGAUUGCAUGUAGAUCAAUUGAUAACCUUGAAAACAUACCGUUAAUGGGACUCAUCUGGCAUCAUUUCCAGUGUUAAUCGUUCAACACAAUGGGGGUUAUUUAUCAUAGUCUGAAUGUAUCGCAAUAUUUUCUGCUACAAACUCCAAUCAAAUCUGCUCGGUUUUUUAUGCUUAUUUAUUAUUACAUUUUCCCAAAAAUUUGAUUUGUAGUAAAAUAUUCCCGUUUUCAAUGGGAUUUUUUUUUUAGAUUUUUUUUCAUACGUUUUAUUUUUUCAGAAUUUUCACCAGAAACCUUAGGGGUAUUGCAUGAAACCCAGCACAGAUCAAAAAAUCAUUGGGACUUUUCCCAUUGACUUAUAUGCAACCUUGACAGGUCUGAGAUGCCGGAUUUUCAGAUUCUGACUUUUUAAUCCUCUGAGUUUAAUAAAUUUUGAUUUUAUCAAAAAA